AUACCGCCUUGUGCCCACAGGAUAUAGAAGCCCUUUUCGAAAACAAACGUCAUGGAUGUUUUCCAGAAACUUUGUAUUUUUAGAUCGAACACUCGUAGAAUAUUUGUUUUCUUGAUGAAGUGUUAUGAUAUUAUGAUAUGAUGUAGUGGCCCUUUUCGCAGAGCUCUUAUAAAUAGUGGAGUUGGUACCACUCGAAAUAUUAGUUUGGAGCAGAGCGAACGACACGUUGGAUCCGCGACAUAAACUUCAGAGGACUACUACUAUAAUAUAACAGCAAAAAAAGAGUAUAUAUAAAAGCAUAAUGAACAUCAAUUACUUUGUCAUAUUGCAAUUUCUGGCAGUUAUGGUGUUGCUAACCUAUGCAAAUGCCAUACCAAAAUAUGAAGAGAGUCAUAAGUUCUACGCGGACAAAGCACAGCGGGAUAGAUCGUACUACAACGAAAAUAAAACACAGCCAAGUGAUCCGCAGGCAGCUUCCACAAAAGAUAGGCUGGAACGACUGGGAUAUACCACCGGAUAUGGAUCUCUGAAUGGAUAUCCUGGCGGUACAGGACUUUCUGCCUACAACCCUAUUAAACUCGAUCUGGGCGGUGUUGUUUUGGGUACUCUAGUGGGUAUUGGCGCCAUUAUACUUAUUCCCAAGAUUCUAUCAGCCUUCCAUGGCGGCUACGGGGGAUACGGUCGAAGUGAGGAUAGUGACCUGACACCUCUUAGCAGCAUGAUCAAUAAAAUCGACGAUGUCCUGGGUCAGAAUAAUAUUGACUCAACGAGUUGCAUGCAGCGUGCCGUAUGUGGUUAUGUUCGUUCUACAGAGUAUAACAUGAAGAUCGGAUCCUCUGACCAGAUGGAUGAAUUCAUUCACAUGCUAUCGGAAAAUUCUCUGGUAGAUUACCUGCUAGAUGGAACGGCUAUAAAAGAGGCGUUGGAGCACGGAAAGCGUUCCAACGAUAGGGCAUGUGAAGAGGUGUAUUCCAAUUGCCCACUGGAUAGUAAAUCAGCUACGGAUAUUCUGAUGAAGCUUAUGCCGAAGAAGAGCUCCCAAGGAAAGGGAAAAUCUGGUAUUUCUCGAGAAAAGAAGGUUUAA